CCAUGUCGGAUCCAAUCCUUCCUUCGAACUCUCCGAACCAGCCUAUGUCCGACAAUCCAGCUUCCGACGGCGGCGACCCUAUUCAGGAGGACCCUCUUCUAAAAUCUGGCAGUUUCAUUGAGCCAACUUUCAAAGAUGACCACCCAGCGCGAAACGGCGAUGUGCAAAGCCCUAAUCCCCUGCAUGAAGCUGAACCAUCCUCCGCACAAUCGAAGCGCCCUUUCAAACCUGUCUCUGCGCCGGAGAGGCCGGAUUGGCUGCCGGAAGGUUGGGGAUUUGAUUUCAGGAUCCGAAACUCCGGUGUCUCUGCAGGGACGUAUGAUAGGUACUACAUCGAUCCUGUUUCAAAUCGACGAUUUAGGUCAAAAAAGGAAGUGGAGCAUUACCUCGAGACAGGAAUGCUCAAACGACCAACUUUAGACACAGCAGGAAAUACCCCUACGAGCAACCGUAAAAGCCAAAAAGGGAAGAAUAUAAAAAGAUCUGAUGAAGGGAGCUUUGAUAAAAUGAAUGUGCCUGAUCAAAUUAGAUGGUCACUAACUGAUGCAUCCAAUGACAAGUGGUGUGCAUUUAGUGAGAAUGAAACUAUAGUACCGGAAUCCACAACCAAUGUUUGGCAAGCUUAUUAUUUAUUUGCUGCUAACAAAUAGUUGUGAGUGAGUUUAAACUCUUCAAAAAUCUUGUAUCAAUGUUUUAUGGAUUGACUUAG